AUGAAUGAAUCGCCGGAGACCAGCAACGGCAAUCCUGCUACAGAACUUGAGACUUUGGAUUAUCUGCAUGGUGUAAAAUCAUCAACAUGUCUUCUUUUAACUCCGAGCCCGACAACUUUAGACUUCAAGCACCCACUUUCUGAAGAAAUUACUGAUAGUGCAUUUUUAACACUAAAUGAUGACACUAAAAGUAUUAAUAUUGGAAAUUCUGAGGUAAGCGCUGGAGACUCAAGUUCCUCAGGUGACUCUAAUUCAGUUGCACAGGAUCCUGUUAGUGCACAGCUUAUAAAUAACAUCAGUAUGCUUGACUAUCAGACUCUCAGUAAGAAUGGAGAUAUAAUAUUAGGACAGCCUGAAAGCAAACUUAAUGGCAGUUUUAGUGUCAACAACAGAAAACUGCCAAGUUUUGUCACAUGGAAUUGGCCAUUUAUCAGAAAUAUUCUUCUAUGGAUUGUCCUAUCAGGUCUCAUUGCGUGUUUGGCAGCCAUCAUAACUAUGAUUGUAACUAUACCUAAGACCUGUAAUCCAAAUCUGCCAUGGUAUCAAGGUAAGGUAUUCUACGAAAUAUUUCCUGCAAGUUUUAAGGAUUCAAAUAAUGACGGAUUUGGCGAUUUAAAGGGAUUAAUAAAGAAAUUGGAUUAUAUCAAAGAAUUAGGCAGCUCAACUAUUCGUUUGAAUUAUAUUUUUGAAGGACCUGAUUAUCCUGUUCACUUUUAUAAUGCGACUAAUAUGUUACGAAUCGAUAGAAGUAUUGGCGUUUUGAAAGAUUUUCAAGAUCUAGUAACAGAGCUUCAGAACCGCGAAAUGCAUAUUAUUCUCGAUAUGCCUGUAACAAGUUUAAUUCAUUCUGGAGCAUUUGAAGUCUCUAAUCAAACUGCAUUUGGCUUCAAUGACUCAAGUCUAUCAAAUAUUGAUAGAACCACCAUGUCCAUUAUGUAUUGGAUAUCUGAACAAAAUAUUGAUGGACUCUACUUGAAAGAUUUGGAAAAUUUUGUGGAUCAUCCAAAUUUUGGGAAAACAUUACAAGUCUGGAAACAGCUAUUAGGCAAUGACAAAAUUUUAAUGGCCAAUGAGGCAGCACUCAAUAUGGCUAAAGGCGAGAGUCUCACAGUUUUGUUAAACAGAGUUGAUCUUAUUGACAUUCACUUGGAUUUAAAAGAGGGUAUAAAAAUUGUCAAGGAUAAAAUAGAUUCGGUGACAUCAGGAAUUCUUUGGGAGAGACCCCAUUAUCCCUGGGUUCAUUGGAAUGUUGGGAAUAUACAUAGUGAAAGGAUUUCAACUAAGGACUUGAAUAAUACACUAUCCACGAUAGCUUUGGAGAUGGUAUUACCAGGAGUUGUUGGUAUAUUCUAUGGCGAUGAAAUCGGGUUGGGAAGUUUAGAAAAACAUGAAAUCGAAUCUGACUUCCAUGAACACGAGCACGUGCACAAUCUACCUACAAUGUCGUUCUCUGACCAUGACAAAAAUGGUGCAAUUCUGCCGUGGAACCAACAAUCUGUUUUGAAGCCUAGAUAUGAAUAUUUGAGUGCGAUAAGGCAGUUGAUUCAAAUGAGAUUGGAUACACCCACGAUAUAUUUACGGGGUAUUUAUAAAGAGGGCAAUGUUCUUAAGAAUAUAGACAUUCGUAAGACCGAGGAGAAUCUUUUUGUAGUUGAACGGUGGUUUCCUCGUAGGAACACGUGUGUCUUUGUUGGUAACUUCGGCCGCGAAGUGAUAACAACAGACCUAUCGACUAUGUUUUAUGGUGGGUUAGUUGUCGGUGCCACAAACACGUCUCUAGUUGGCCAACUGUUAUAUUUUGAUAGCGUUACGUUUCAGCCGAAUUCGGCAAUCAUUAUAAAAUUAGAAAAGUAG